AUGUUGCAAAUUUAUGGCGCUAGAGGAUGCUGGCGGUCUAGACACAAGAUCGAUGGGGGCCUUGCCAUUGGCGUGAAUGGCCGGCGAAGUGCGGUCGCUGAUGGUCGGCAGGGUGCCGUUGAUUGCCUUCAACGACGGGUGCCCAUGCUCUUGAGCGGCGCCACUGCCCAUUUUUUCGCGGACUCCGACUUGGGGUCAGGUUCACAAACCGCGGACGAGACCAAGGAAAGAACGCUAGGGUCUGAUAGUCAAGGCCUUCGUCCGCGCGAACAAAACAGAACCACAGAACACCGCGGAACGGUGCGUGCAGCCCCGCAACAGCGAGAAGAGAGUUGGCGGACGAUCCGCACGCCGGUGACGCAGUCGCGGAAGUUGGAUGGCGCACCGGCGGACAAAGGGAGCGCCUGA